UUGUUUGGGCCUGGCAUUGUUUGGCUCGAAAUAAGGAGAAUCGAGGGGCGCGUGAGCGAUACAGUGGCCCCAAAGAUACAACAUCAGCCGUUUUUUCUCAAAAAGAACUUGAUUACACGACCUUUUAAUCUAAGUUUGGCAUUGCGAACGGCAUAAUUGUUACUACGAGUCAGAGACUACCUUAUCAAACCUUGCAACCAGGUUGGCAUGCGCCUUGUUCUGUCCUCUUGAGUUGCAGGCGUGUUCCGGCCUGUGAGUGGCAACCUUUCGGACUCGGACGCCUAAAGCCCGCCCCCCAAGAGAAACAGCGAUCUUUUUCCUCGGUUAAAAAGGUCUCGUCACGUGCUGGAUCAACUCACGUGACGCCUGCAUACACUUGGUCAAAUUCACCUCUUUUAAUACAACCAUAAUGGACUCUUCUGCAGACCAAUCCGUGAAUGGCACGCAACAUACUCCAAAUCCGUCCUACAGUUUCCUCGAUGGCAUUGAGUCAUAUGCCGGAUCUGAUCCCCUUUCAAAUGGCGAAGAUUACAGUCAAUACUUCGACCCCGCUCUCUUUGAGAACACCACUCUUGGGCAUGGCUUCGCUCAACAGCCUCAACCCGUUUCCCAGAACUUCAAUCAGAAUGUCUCCAGGCAGUCGCACAGCCCGCUGCCUCAGUACAAUGCUGCUCAGCCAAAUUUCUCCCACAGUCAAUAUACCCAGCCUCUUUACGAUACGCGACAAAUCUCUCAAUCUACUUACGAUCCUCGAUUCUUCUCCCCAUCGUCUGCGUCACCAGCACCGUUCGAUGGCGGUUACGGCUAUCAACCUCCGAUGACCUACAACAACCAGAAUUACAGCUCCCAGCAAAUGGACCUCCCUCCAAGACAAACUCCUACCCCUACUGCGAAUUAUCCAGCAAGACAGCAACAACCCUCACCAUACGUUAAUAUCGGACCCCGCCCGUCACAGCUGUCACAGAUGCAGAACGCCGAUAUCAUGCAUUAUGCAGGGUUUCAGGACCAGGCCCAUCAAUCGUCGAGCACCUACGUUGACCCUACCAUGCUGACAGCAAAUCGCAUGGUCAACACAAACAACAACGGCGCCAGUUUUCGGCCUCAUCAGGCAUAUCUGGCACAAAACUACUUCAAGCAAGGGUCGACUGUGGAUCCAAGGUCUCUGCAAGGUGCACAACCUGUGCAGCCUGUGGGUCCAGCACCUUCGUAUCCCGCUUCAAGAGUGGGUUCCGUGGUCGUCCCGAAGCCUGAGAAGACGCAGAAGCCGAAAGAUCCUCAUGCGCCCAGGAAAACGAAGGGCCAGGGGAAGCUCAAGGCCGACGGGCAACCAGGUUCCCAGUCGGAUUCUGAUGAUGAGCUGUCGAUCCAAGAGGAAGAGCCCCCGGAGAUGACCCCAGCCUUGCUAACUGUGUCUGCACCAACUGAUGAGCGUGGAAAGGCACUUUAUAAUGCCGUGCAAGCAGUAUGGUCGCCGCGUAAUAAACCUGCCUCUCCAGAGAAGAUUCGAAGUGGCGUUGUUGGCUUUGCCGACACUGUGCGAGCUUUGAGAGACGCCUGGAAAGCCAAGAAUGAUGUCCUGAGAAAGGCCGAGUUGCCAAACUCGCCCACAGCCGGGGACGCUGUGGCGCUCAAGGAUGAAGUUGCGCGUUACCGUCAAGUCACGGAAAGCGUCAUGGCUCGAUCACUGCUUUACGGGCAUCCUUCUAUCGUCAAAAGACUAGGUGAAAAUCAGUUCACAAUGGCUGCUCUGAACUCCUUCAUGCUCGACAGAGUCAACGCGACAGACUAUGAUAGUGCUCUUGUCAGCGCCAUACUCAAGUUCGUUGUCAAAUUCGAAACACUCGACAGCGAGAUGCUCGAAUUAACAAAGCUGUCGAAAAUAUUACAACGUCUUACGAAGAAGGCAACUACCGAAAUCAAGACUUUGGCCCAAACCGUCUUGGACAAUGCUGUUGCUGCUUCUGCGAAGAAAAAGGCGAGUUCGGCCAACCCAGCAUCACCCAAUUCUGCAGGCAGUCCGGCGGAUGGAGUGCGAAAAGAAGUUGUCACCGGUAUGAAGAGGCCAAGGGAAGGUGAUUCGGCAUCUCAGUCGGUGCCGAAGAAGGUUUCGAAAGUGAUUCAAUCAUCUAAGCCCCUGGCAUUGCAGAAUGCCGAACGUAGAAAGGCAUUGGAAGCCGCACAGGCUGCCAAAGCAGGAGAAAAGCCUGUCGGUCAAACUAUAGGGGCAGGUGCACCAGCAAAGACAAAAGUUGCGGUAGCAGCACCUCCGAAACAGUCGGUUUUCUCGUCGCUAAUGUCGGCUUCGAAGAAGCCUGGGACCUCCCUCGCAGCGCGGGCUGCUGCAGUGCCGAAGGAAAAGGUUCCCACGGCCGCGGCAUCUUCUCCUGUCCCGGUCACCACUGCCCCAUCGGUCAAAAAGGAAAAUGCUCGCAAAGAAUCACCACCACGGAACUCUGGCUCGACCACUGCUCCCAAAUCCAACGCUACAUCGUCCUUCCUUGGCCUACUUGCUGAUAUGGAGAAGAAGCCAGAGAAAGAGCCGAAGAAAGAGGUAGAGGUUCCGAAUGAGACCGAGGAAGAAAGAGAAAAGCGCUUGCGGAAGGAAGCACGUAGAAGACUUCGAGUGACAUGGAAAACCGAUGCAGAACUGGUGGAAACCCGUAUCUUCACUCAUGACCCUGAUGAGGAGAUAGGUGAUGGUGACAGCCUAAGACGUGAUGCUGGCGACACUGGCCGUGAAGGUGAAGCACUCAAACUUCACAAAGAUCAGGCCGAGUUCGAGGAUGACGAUGAGGACGAAGAUUCAUUUGAGGAGAUUGAAUCAUAUACCGCACCUUCGGAAGUGGACUUUAGUGCACUUAGGGAAGAGUCUCCUCUCGUUGAAGGAAAUUCACUCAAAUUCGGAGGUUUAAUGAAACCUGAAAGUCCUGGCAGUGAAGCACAGGAUAAACGUGAGCAAGAGACAGUCAUGGCCACGUAUACGUCGAAGGCAGAUCGUCCCCCAAGUCCGAAGGAGCCAGAUGAUAACGAGGAUGAUGAUUUUGAACCAGCAGAGCCUGCAACUGCUUUUGGUGAGCCAACGGAGAAAACUCGUCAACGCGAAAAGGAGAUUUUGGCACGACAGACCAUCACGAAACCAAUCACCAACAUCAUGCCUCCAGCAAUGGACCUUGCAGCACAGAUUCAAGCCAUGUCCUCUGGACAAGCACCUCAGCAACCAACCGGUCCCAUCUCAGCUGAUCUGCAGCGAGUGUUGAGUGCUUUGGGUCAGCAGAACCAGCCAGCCCCUCAACAGCCUGCGCCUGGCUCGAAUGUGGACUUUUCGGCCUUGCUUCAAUCUGUGCAACAGGUUACUCAACAACUGCAAGGUCAGAGUCAACAGCCACAGUAUCCAGCUUUCUCACAGGCUCCCGCUGUAGCACCGGACCUCAGCGCCCUGUUGGCAUCGAUGCAACAGCCCCAACAGACCCCUGCGGCACUUCCUCUCGGCGCAGGUGGUGAUCCCAACCCCUAUCCCGGUUCCUUGGACGAUACGUCACGCAAACAUGGUCGAACAGAUUCGAACGACUAUGAUCCUGAUCAUGGUCGAAAAGGAGGAUUCAAGAAGAAAAAGGGCGACCAAUCCAAACCAUACAAUUACAAAACUCAGGUAUGCUCUUUUUGGGAACAGGGCAAGUGUCUUAAAGGUGAUGCUUGCACAUAUCGCCACGGCAACGAAGAUGCUUGAGCUCAGGAUACAAAGCAUGUUUCGCUUUGUGCUCAGCAGCUCACAAUGUACAAUUACGACGCAAAGGAUGGCGUCAUCAGUCCAUCAGACGAGUCUACCGGUGACUCUCCUCCCUUCAUGUUUCAUUCUUCAAGUACAACGCAGCGAGCAGGCAUGCAAAGGCGAAUCUCGUGGUGACAAUGGUGUUCCACAUGAUCACUAAGACAGGGUAUUUCGUGGGUUUCGAAAAGGUUGCUUGCGAUGCAGAUUUGGCAUGAAGUCAGUGCCUACCUUACUAUGAUAGUCCUAAUGCGCUCGACAACUGGAGGCAAUUUCUAGUGUCGUGGAUUAAAAGGAUACCACCUGCUUCUACUCUUACAUCAACUAUAUCUGAUCCGUAUCCAAUCUCGGGAAGAUGUUUUCGGACUCUGCUACUAUCUUAAUGUCGUGACAUUAGCAUGAUUUCGCAAUCCAACAAUAUUCGAAUUAUUCGGC